AAACCUUGGAGCAGAGGCGAUUGUAGCAAAUUUGGGAACGCCUUUGCCUCUCUCCGGAUAAUCAAUAAUCUUCGAAAUCCCUUCAGAUCGUCUUCACCUCUUUAACAUUCCCUUCAAGCUAUUCGAACUUCUCCACACACACGCACACACAAAGAAAGCGCAUUCGCUGUGGAAGGUUAAGGCUUGAUCGAGAUGUCGAAUCGAUUCAUUAGCCAGAGAAGUAAUGAUUCCAGGAACACCGCAAAACCCCAGAAAAAACACGCCCCGAAGUCGGAUUUUCGAAACCCUACCUCCCACAACACCCUCUCCAACUCCCUCCGGGAAGCCGCCGCCGGCGGUCCCUCGAUGGCGCCGCCGACGAGCAGAGUUAGGAUGGGCGAGGACGGCGAGUGGGUGAGCAAGGCCCCGGUGGGUGGCAAUUUCGUAGUUUACUUGCCGCAGGAUGAUGCGGUGGCGGCUGGGCUUGGGCCCGAGGAGGGUGGAUUGGAUCCUGUGGAGUCGCAGCACGUGGUUGAUUUGCUGAACAGGGAAUUGUCUCGUCUGCUCAAGCUGCGCCCAAGGGAUUUCUGGAGAGAAGUGGCUACCGAUGAAUCCUUGCAUGCCUUCCUCGAAAGUUUCCUGAAAUUCAGAAGCAGGUGGUAUGAUUUUCCACACCGAGGGGCCCGGGGUAUUGUUGCUGGGGUUAUAGUUGGCGAGUUCGAGCUGUGCCGGCGUAUCUUCAUGAUCUUGUAUCGCUUAUCAUCAAACCGUGACCCAGGGGCUAAAGCUGCUGACUCUCUGAGUUCAAAAGAUCAUGAAGAGCUUCUACAGGACAAGAAGUUGCUCGAUUUACUAAAACUGUUAGACAUAUGUGCCAUAUUUGCUCAUGAAAAUGAAGAUCUAACCCGAGUAUUGGUGAUGAACGCGCUAAAGGCUCAGCCUGAUAUCCAGUGUGAAUUUCCUGUUCUAGUUUCUCACUUCUUGAGCAUUGUCCAGACUAUGCAUCAAAGAUGCAGCUCAUCUUUAGAGGUGUUGCUUGGUUCUGGAGCCCAUCAAGACCCAGGUUCCAAUCGCCUUCAUUUGGACUAUCUAGAGGUUAUGGACUUCAUAAAUGAUUCGGUAGUAACGCUCGACUCAUUUGUUAAUGCAUAUAAAUAUGCAGCUCUCGUUUUCUCUUCACCGAUUGAAACAGGUUAUGGGAAUGAGGAGUUGCUUGUUAUGCUUGCGAGGCUUCAUGAUUCACUUCUACCUUCUCUGUAUAACGGGUUCCAUACGCUUUUGGGAGUGUCCAAAGAUAAAAAGAAGGAAAUAUCAGGCGAUUCACUUACAAAUGUUUUUACUAGUCUGAAAAUGCUGUCGACAAGAAUAGCAAAAUUGGGGUGGACACUACUUUAUUAUUGCUUUCUCAGUGACGAUGCUUUUGAGAGCAGUACUUAUUCUCCUCCGGUUUCACUGAAGAUGUUCCCAGCUACCGUGGACGACCCUGUCGUGAGGACCGACAUUUUGAUUCAGACAUUAAGAGACCUCACGAACGAGCAAACACACGUCCUCAUUGACCACACUUGGGGAACAUUCAUCCAACAAAUCGAGAAAAAUUUCAAAAUGGUGAGCAGGAUCGAGUUUUUGCAGGAAUCAGGUUGGCUAUCGAUGGAUGACGAGCAAUUCCAUCUUCUCUCUGCAAUCACGAUGACACAACCACACGCCGCCAUUGCAAAAAACACGGGUCCCGCCACGUCAUCGCCAGCCCCCACCAGCAAAACCCAGAUGACGGAUGAAGACACGGCGAUUACAGAAUCCAAAAUCAUCCAAAUAAAGGAACUCUUUCCCGAAUAUGGCCGAGGCUUCCUAACAGCCUGCCUCGAAGCUUACAACCACGACCCAGAACAAGUCAUCCAGAGGAUUCUCGAAGGAACCCUUCACGAAGAACUCCAAUCCCUCGACACAUCGCUCGAGACAGCACCACCUUCAAAAUCCACCACCCUUCCUUCAAACAACACCCGUGACAAGGGCAAAGGGAAACUAGUCGAGCCAACAUUAGCCAACAGCUCUUCGGCCUCGUUCGGGAGGUUCGUGCGCAAGAACACUGACAAUGACGGCCUAUCCUACUCGGAAACCCUUAACACAAAAGACAAGAAAGAAGUCGAGAAAACGGCGGCACUCGCGUUGCAGCUCGAGUACGAAGACGAGUACGACGACUCGUUCGACGAUCUCGGGCUGAGCGUCGCUGACGCGGGCCCGGACGAGGCGGAAGGAAAAAUGACGAAAAUGCCCCUGGGUGGCGGGGACAAGUGGGGGUCGCGCAAGAAGCCGCAGUACUUUGUGAAGGACGGGAAGAACUACAGCUACAAGGUGGAGGGCUCGGUGGCGGUGGUGGACAGGAAUGAGGCCCGUUUAGUGAACCGGGCCCAAAGGGAACUCGUUCACGGGCUUGGGCAGGGCGGGAAUAUUCCUAUAGGGGCCGUGAAGAAGUUGAUGGACGAGGUGGAAGAAGAAGAUGAAAACGGGCAUGAAGGUGAGGGUGUUGGGAGACCAGAUGGUGAAGGAGAAGAUGAUGACGGUGAGGUUGGUGGAAGGGGUGGUCGAGGUCGAGGUCAGUGGAGGAGAGGGAGCAGAGGCUAUAGGAAGGAUCGAGCGAUUAGCAAACAGCUUACGGGGCUUCCUGCUCAUUACAGAUGA